AUGCUUGAUUCUGUGGCUGAACUUGGUAGUAGACGACAUCUUGACGUGGUGGUGGCGGCGGCGGUGGCGGUGGCCAGUAUGGUGGUGGAGGUGGAGGGGGCGGUGGUGGCCAAUAUGGGGGGUGGGGAUGAUGGUGGCGAUAUUCGGGCGGGCAGUCGGGGUAGUAUUCGUAUGACCACCUUGGCCAAUAAUGACCUUAUAAAGAGGCAGGAGAUAUUUGACAAGAAAUAUAGAAUACACAUAGGAGACAGAGACAACUGGAAGGUGGAAGUCGGACACCCGACGACCAUCUGCUUCACGGAUGGCUCAAGAAGAAGCUCGACGAAACUAGCAGGAGCGGGCAUAGUGAUCCCCAAACUGGGAGAGAAAGUAUCACUACCACUGGGUAGAUAUGCUAGCGUUCCAAGCCGAGGCGCAAGCAUAAUCAAGAAGAGUGUAAAACAAGAGGGCGCUGUCGUAAUAUACACAGACAGCCAGGCAGCACUAAAGGCACUAAAGAAAAUAUCAGUUACCUCCUCUCUUGUGAGAGAAUGUCGAGAGGAGCUCAACUUGAUAGGCAAGCAAAGAAGUGUCACGGUGGCAUGGGUACCAGGACACCAGGGAGUAACGGGAAACGAGAAAGCAGACGAGCUGGCGAGGAUAGGGGCGGAGACGGAAUACAUAGGUCCGGAACCGGCUCUGCCUAUGUCAGUGGAUGUCACGAAGGGAGUCAUAGAGAAGGUAAAAGAGAUGGAAGCACAGAGAGAAUGGGAAGAAGAGACUGGAUGCAGACAGUCGAAGAUGAUGAUCAAAGGUAUAGACCACAGGAGAACCAGGUAUCUUCUGAAACUAGAUAAGAGCAGUCUGAGACUAUUGACAGGUAUCAUUACAGGUCACAAUACUCUCAACAGACACCUUAAGAUAAUGGAAAUUAGUAGAGACGCCUCCUGUCCACAUUGUGGUAAGGAGGAGACUAGCUUACACUUACUAGCAGAAUGUACUAUGUACGCGGCACCGCGAUAUAAUACAUUCGGUAGAGAUACACUAAAAGAAAACGAACUAAAGGACGUCGAACUCAAAGAUGUCCUUCUGUUCUGCAGGAAAACAAGAAGACUUGAGGAGAAUAGUGUGGGAAUGCCGCCGGGACAGUAA